AUUAUCAAGAUAAUAUGGUGUAUCUGGGAGAAUGCAGAUGGACUCAUAUGUUCCCUUUUCUCAUAGUAUCACUUGUGUAUUCUGUUAGUGCUGAAUAUUCUAGUUGUGGUGAAAAUGAGUAUUACAAUCAGACAACUGGAAUGUGCCAUGAGUGUCCACAGUGUGAGCCAGGAGAAGAACCUUAUAUGACAUGUGGGUAUGGCACUAGAGAUGAAGACUAUGGCUGCAUCCCAUGCCCAUCAGAAAAAUUUUCUAAAGGUGGAUAUCAUAUAUGCCGGAGGCACAAAGAUUGUGAAGGGUUCUUUCGGGCUACAGUGAUGACACCUGGAGAUCAAGAAAAUGAUGCUGAAUGUGGGCCUUGUCUCCCUGGUUAUUACAUGUUAGAAAACAGGCCUCGGAAUAUUUAUGGGAUGGUUUGUUACUCAUGUACACUGGCACCUCCAAACACAAAAGAAUGCGCAGGCGUUACUUCUGGUGUGUCAGCCAGUUUCCCAAGUACUUCUGGCACAAGUACUCACUCUCCUUUUCAGCAUGUGCACAAAGACCUUUCUGGACAAGGGCAUCUGGCUACUGCUCUUAUCAUUGCCAUGUCAACAAUUUUCAUAAUGGCUAUUGCGAUUGUCCUGAUCAUCAUGUUUUACAUUGUGAAAACUAAAACUUCAGCUCAAGCCUGCUGCAGCAGCCAUUCAGUGAAGACAGUAGAAGCCCAGGCCAAUAUGCAGGAAGAAAAAACGGAAGCCCAAGAAAAUGUGGUGAUUUUCUCAGAGAAGGAUGAAUUUGGAAAAUUGACAGCAACUCCCGCUAAGGUUGUCAAGAGUGAAAAUGAUGCUUCUUCAGAGAACGAGAGGCUUUUAAGUCGCAGCAUGGACAGUGAUGAAGAAGCUGCUAUUGAUAAGCAAGGAACUCCAGAGUUGUGUUUGUUGUCUCUAGUACAUUUGGCUCGAGAUAAAUCUUCAACAAACAACAAAUCCACCGGGAUACAAAGCCGGAGAAAAAAGAUACUCGACCUAUAUGCUAAUGUAUGCAGUGUGGCAGAAGGCCUCAGUCCCACAGAGCUGCCCUUUGAUUGCCUGGAAAAGACCAGCAGGAUGCUCAGUUCCACUUACAACACUGAGAAAGCCAUUGUGAAGACCUGGCGCCAUCUUGCUGAGAGCUUUGGACUGAAGCGGGAUGAAAUUGGUGGCAUGACAGAUGGCAUGCAACUCUUUGACCGCAUCAGCACAGCUGGGUAUAGUAUCCCAGAACUGCUAACAAAACUGGUUCAGAUUGAGCGAUUGGAUGCUGUGGAGUCUCUCUGUGCAGACAUCUUAGAGUGGGCCCAAGUGAUGCCCAAGCCUGAUCCAGCUGUGACCUCCUGACUUGCAUUUUUGUGGUCUUCAUUUCCAAAGGACUGAUGGGAUGAUUCAGAUAACAAAGGGACUCAGAAGGAGAUAUAAACUUUCGAAAGCCUCCAUAGCUUUUGUUUCAGUAUCGUUUUUGCUAUUGAAACAAUAAAAGGAACCAAGGUUUGUCCUUGGUUUUCAGAACCAAAUACAAAGAGCAAAAGCCGAAGACUUUUUCAACAAGACUUGUUUAUGUCCCCAAAGGAUAGUAUGAUUUAUUUACAGUGCCAUUUACAAGCAUGAGUACAGCUCUUAGUGUAUCAUUGCUUGCUUUGAAGAAAUAUGGCUUAAUUUUGCUUUAGUCCUGAAUAAUGAGGGGGUCACAUCAAAAAUAGUGUUGGUAGAUACAUAUAUGAAGAUCAGUGCUGCUACA